AUGGAUAAGACAACGCCAUUUCUUGCGUUAUUCCUGUUAUAUUGGUUAGGUAAUGCUCUAUGCUUGAACAUUUCAUCGCGAAAGCCCGGGCCAAUUCAGACACAUUCACUGGCGGCGCUGGGAGGUAGCGGUAUAAGAGAAAGGACCUUUCAGAGGCGUUGGAGGAUCCACAGCAAGCUUCGCAGCGAUACAGCUGCUGAGCUGAGGCAAGAGCUUCUGAAAAUUGCCAAGAAUAUCCCCAACACUCGAAAAUCGCUGAUCGACGAUACCAAGUUCGUACAGGCUGAGGCCGAAAGAAUCCUCAAAAUUAUUCUGCCAGAUAACUUUGAGAUAUUCUUAGGCAAGUAUUAUGAUAUAAAACACAUCAAACACCGCGGAUUCAUGGGUGAUUUAUGGAAUUGGCUGGUGAGGGAAGAAGAAUUCGUCACUUACUCCGCCUGGCAGUACAGACCAAAUAUAUUAUACAAGGGAGGCAACCUAACGUUAGAGCUUCACUACAAAAUACCUGUUAAUAGCGAAGGUAAAAAGCUAUUUGUAUUCGAACCAAUCGUUGUUUACACUUGUGACGUAUCCCCUGGCAAGUACAUCGCAGGUACGGCACGUUUUAAUCCAGGUAAUGUAGAGAUUUUAACUCACCCAUUUCUGCCUUGGAAACGCAUAACAGCUGGCUCAUUUCAGAUACUUGCACCAUCACUUCCUACAGUAUUUUCAAGAUAG